AAGCUGGGUCCUCCUCUUCCUCUAACGCUGCAUAGCUGUAGCUUCGCUGAAACUACUGACUAUCGAUCAUUGCACAUGUCAUAUGUGCAGUAGGAAGUGAGCUGGUGGCCAGAGAUCUUAAAGCAUAGUACUAACAGUCGGCUCUGUGAACACCAACAGUAACACCAUGCCUCUUCGGGUAGCCAUUCAGGGUCCUGGACCCUGGGGAUUCAGACUGGUUGGAGGAAAGGACUUCGAGCAGCCGCUGACUAUUUCCCGGGUCAGCCCCGGGAGUAAAGCAGCCCAGGCCAACCUUUGUAUCGGAGAUACGAUCUUGGCUAUCGAUGGAGAGCCGACAGAGAAGAUGACUCACUUGGAGGCGCAGAACAAGAUCAAGGGGUGCAUAGAGGAGAUGGUGCUCUCCAUAGACAGGUCAGAAAAUAAAAUGUGGUCGCCGCUUUCAUCCGAGGAAGGGAAGACGCAUCCGUACAAGAUGAAUCUUGCAUCAGAGCCACGGGAGGUGAAACACAUUGGCUCCGCCCACAACAGGAGCGCUCUGCCGUUCAGCAGCUUUGGCUCCAAAGUUGUGACCAACCAGUACAACAACCCCGCCGGUCUCUAUUCUUCAGAGAACAUCAAGACCUUCAACUCUGCUGUGGAUGAAGUGAAAACCAUCACUACACCCAACGAGCCCAACAACAAAGCUCCAUCAGAUCCAGCAGUGCCAGGCAUGCGGCCGGUCGUAGCGGAUUCAGAGGUUUACAAAAUGCUGCAGGAGAACCAGGAGUCUGAUGAGCCUCCCCGACAGUCUGCCUCAUUCAAGGUGCUUCAGGAGAUUCUUGAGACAGGUGAUGCUGAUAAACCGUCAGGGUUCAGGAGUGUCAAAGCGCCGACAACAAAGAUCGGCUCAUCAGUGGGAAAUACAGAGAAACUAUCCAUCUGUGACAAAUGUGGAUCCGGGAUUGUGGGGAUGGUGGUGAAGCUGCGGGACAAGUUCCGUCACCCCGAGUGCUACACCUGCACAGACUGCAACAUCAACCUAAAACAGAAGGGACAUUUCUUUGUGGAGGACCAGAUUUACUGUGAGAAGCACGCACGCGAACGAGUGACUCCGCCUGAGGGCUACGACGUGGUCACAGUCUUCCCCAAGUAGAGCCCUCGCUGAGCUCCGCCUCGGACUGCGCGACACUAUAGGACACCAUUACAUAACCUGAGACGUUACAACAUUUAGCUCUUGCUACUCCUACGACUAUGAAAUGGUCUUCUCUCGCAAUACGCUUCAGUACAGUCACUGGCAGGCAGGACAGUAAAGAACUACAUGUUUGAAAAUGUUGAUUUGCACAUUAACUUUGGCAUCUGCAAAAGGAAAAUUCAGUUUUUCUCUCCCUAAAAAAAUUUUUCUAUUUGAAUGAAAGCAACCACUGUGUGUUAGUAAUGUUUGUCUUUGUACUUUUGAAUCAUGGAAACAAUGGAAAUUCAGACUACUUUUCACCACAAGAGACUCGAUAUGUUUUCUACAUUUUUUAUUAAAUAAAUAGAACUACUUUUAUGCAGUAAAAUGGCUCAAAAACACAAUUGAAUAUCAUUGUCAAAUAAAUAUUUUAGCUUAAACCAA